AUACUCCAAUAGGGUCCUUGGGUGCCUCAGUGAAAAAGAGUUGGAAGUACAACAAUAAUGGAUUCCGCAAUAGCCCAGAAAACAUGGGAAUUAGAGAACAAUAUCCUCACAGUUGAAACACCAAACCGUUCAUCGGAUUCAAUUUUCUACUACGACGAGGCGGCUCAAGCCAAGUUCCAGCAAGAGAAACCUUGGGCCAAUGAUGAUCACUACUUCAAGCGCGUCAAGAUCUCGGCCCUCGCUCUCCUCAAGAUGGUUGUCCACGCCCGAUCUGGUGGUACCAUAGAGGUGAUGGGGCUGAUGCAAGGGAAGACUGACGGGGACGCCAUCAUCGUCAUGGACGCCUUUGCUUUGCCUGUUGAAGGGACUGAGACUAGGGUUAACGCUCAGGCUGAUGCCUAUGAGUAUAUGGUCGACUAUUCCCAGACUAACAAGCAGGCUGGUCGAUUGGAGAAUGCUGUUGGAUGGUACCAUUCUCAUCCCGGGUAUGGAUGCUGGCUAUCCGGUAUUGAUGUUUCAACCCAAAUGCUGAACCAGCAGUUUCAGGAGCCUUUCCUGGCAGUUGUAAUCGAUCCAACUAGGACUGUUUCGGCUGGUAAAGUUGAGAUUGGAGCUUUCAGGACAUACCCUGAAGGACAUGUUCCUCAAGAUGACCCUGUCUCCGAAUAUCAGACCAUUCCUCUCAAUAAGAUCGAAGACUUUGGUGUGCACUGUAAACAGUACUAUUCAUUGGAUAUCACUUAUUUUAAGUCGUCUCUUGAUAGUCACCUCCUGGAUCUGUUAUGGAAUAAAUACUGGGUAAACACCCUUUCUUCUUCACCUAUCUUGGCUAAUGGAGAUUAUGUUGCUGGACAAAUUUCAGAUUUAGCUGAAAAACUGGAGCAAGCAGAAAACCAAUUGGCUCACUCUCGCAUCAGCCCUCUAGGACCCCCACGAAAGAAGUUGCAGGAAGAAUCUCAGCUGGCUAAGAUUACUAGAGAUAGCUCAAAGAUAAGUGUGGAGCAAGUCCAUGGUUUAAUGUCGCAGGUCAUCAAGGACAUUCUUUUCAACUCCGUACGACAGUCAAGUGGGUCCCCUAGUGGGCAAUCUGGUCCUGAGCCUAUGGUUGAAGCUUGAUCCUAACCUCUGGCCUGAUGAAAUGGUUACCUUGAGCUUGAGAGACCAGUUUUUACAAGAAGAAAAUACAUAUACAUGGGAUUCCAGGCGGCAGUGUCUUUCCCAUACUCUGUUGAUGUAAGAAGUCAGAUCCUUUGGGGUGGGGUUUAAUCAUUAAUCUGUUUUGAACUAAGCUUUUUGCCUAAUUCUGUGCUAGUUUAUGCAUGAAUUGUUGAAGAGAUCCAAGUAUGGAAUCAAAUCCAAGUAGUAGUUUCAAAUUAUCUGUUUCCUUUGUAAACUUGUUAUGUUAUAGGAGUCGUGAUAAAAUUUGCUGAAUAUGGUGGCUGGCAGCUUUACAAAACACAAGGGAUUUGAGUUGAAAAUACUCGCAGUGGAAUGAAUAACACCUUUGGAAUUGUUGAAAGAUCUCUUGCUCCGCAA